AUGGAUGUAAACGACCGGAAAACGCAGCGCCGCAGCUCGGCCGCUCCCUCGCACCCGCAGUCCCAGCCGCGAGGCACAGUAUAUCACUCUGAGACUACCCCAUCCACCCGCAGUGCCUCCUCCAAGCGUUGUCCCAGCAAUCAAUCUGAUCGUCCACAACAUCCGUCCUUGAACCGAGUGAAGGGUAGAGCCAAUAUGAAUACUCCUCCCCGGAAGAGCCCAGAGAUGUCCUGGCUCAAGGAUCAAUCUCCUGUGCGUGGGACACGAACUCCGCCUCGCCCAUGCAAAACAUCUGAGCCUGGUACUCCAACCACAUUGGUGAACCCGGCCUCUAGUCUUCUCCAAGAUCUAUUGAAGGAGCAGCGUGCCCAUCGUGGUUCUCGAGGAACCGGAUCUGAAGAAUGGAAUGAUAGCCGCCCCAGGACCCCCGAGAACCGUUCCGUCCAGGAAGACACCGCCUCUGAGAAAUCACGGAAGAUGAAGGAUACUUUUGCCGCAAGCUCACGGGAACAGCCGAAGGAGAUGGGCGUCCGAGAGAUGGAUCAGUAUGUUUCGAAAAUCACCAAGCUGAACUUCGACCUGAAGUUGGAGAUCUUCCACCGCACCCAACAGCUGGGAACUAUGGAGAAAAAAAUGGAGCGAAUGGAAGAGAUGGAAGAGGAGCUGCAACAGAUGCACAAACUCGAGGAGGAAGUGGUGGAGCUCCGUGUGGCUAAAAAGCAGAACCACAGCCUACAGGAGUCUAACGAUCGGCUUCGGGAGGAACUUCAUAAGCGAGACCAGGCUGUCGCCGAAGCCGUACAGUUCAUCUGCCAACUGGAGGCUAAGAUCGACGAGAUUGAAUCGGGCGGACGCACUUCCCAGGCCUCAUUUGGUCGUCUUGUGCUCGAUGGGCCCAAUGCAACACCGAGGAAGACAGCCCUUGAAAUUCCAGAGCGAACGUCAUCCAAGCGAGCAUCUUUGAAAUCGCCCGAACGCACUCUCAACAAAGUCCCCUCGUUCAUGCGAGGAGACAGCGAAAGCACUUCGGUCCUGCGCAGCUUAUACGUCCCAGAAGUGAAUAUGUCAUACUCAGCUAUGAGUCAAUUGACGAAAUCGGAAAGCUAUAACACUAUGAACGACAUCCUGGAGCCGGGAUCGCCCAGGCUCAGUGUACUGAGCGAGUGCAGCGAAUUGCAUCCAUUAGAUACCCCUACGAAAUGGGAUCAAGCUGACAAGCUGGAUAUUCCUGUGCGCAAGGUUUCAUCUAUGGAUUCUUUUGACAGUUUCAACCCCCGGCUCGAACGCGAGGAGAGGAUAAAUCCCCAAAUUGACGAAUGGAUGGAGCCGCAUCAAGAUAUGCAACAGACUAUAAUCAGACGGCGCAUGAAUCGAGUCGCGUCAGAUGCUUCCAAAAUCCCAACAGCCCCAUUCAGGAUUUCGUCUAACCAUCAAGGACGCGGGCGUCUGGACGAGUCGCUCUUUGUCGGUGUCAAACUUCCACCCACCCCCGAUACUAUGAGUACCGCUCAUGUGGCAGGUCGCAACGGCUCAAAUGGUAGCAUGGCGGCCGCUGCGCAGAGAAGUCCCAAGCCUGAACACGACCUUUGGCUUGCUGGUCGACCAUUGGAACGGCAUCGCUCUGCUGAUGAGCUCACAACCCGAACUCGCCGCAGCUACACUGGCAGCGACGUCACAGACAGUAUGCAAACAAACUGCAGCGAUACCCCUCGCCUGGGCUUCAUGAACGAUAAAGAAUCCCCCUCCAUGUUCCCUUUCAACACGGUUGCCUCGAAAGCCAGUGAACUACUUGGGCCUGGAAGUCCCAACAACCCUGUCGUUGAUCCAUUCGGGGGUCUUCUCCGUCAAAACAGCAAUGGUAGCCAAGAUGAAGCAGUGCCUCCGGCGAUUGCUGUGUACCAAACCCCUACCAAGACUGUUUCCAAGUCUCGGUCCAUGGAAGAUGAAGCGUCACCUCCGCUCACUCCCCAGGAGUGGAUCGCCGCUGCAAGGCACGCUCCUCGGUCUCGCAAAGAGCUAGCUCAUGGCCUUCGGGUUGAGCGAGAGGGGCGUGAUGACCUGCCACCCCGCAAAGUUAUCAGCCAGGCCGCAUUCCAUGACGAGGAUAGUGUUGACUCCUACCCAAUGGAGCAUGAUGCGCCAGGGGUCCCGACCCUCGACAUGGACACACUCAAUAUCCUUGAACAGCCCAUUGCUGAGGUCCCUGAAGACCCCGUUCCGCAGCAGAAAUCCGAGCCUGAACAGCGCCGGCGCUUCAGCUUCCGGCCCCCAUUCCUGAAUCGUGCAAACCUCCCUCGCCGUCUCCAGCCCUCGCAGACUGUACCUGACCUGAUGGACGACGAUGAGGAGGACGGCGCGCCGUCGCCAAUUAUCCCGAAGACUCGUAAUGUGGGCGGCGCAGGUCGUCGUCCUAUGUCACAGAUAAUCGCCAACUCAACGGACUACUACUCAUCCAGCGUCCCUGCUCCAAACGAGAGAUUCGGAAACGAGAACUUCACAGUCAAAUCCUUUCACCAAUCUCUAAUGGAGAGUCGCGACGAAAACCUUCCCCCUAUCCAGAAUGGAUCUGCCACCAUUUCUGGACGUCCCACAACAUCCCACAGCGCAGAUCACAAACGUCGCAGCUCACUUGGAAUCUUUGGGUGGAUGAAAGGGAUGAGUGCUAAACGCCCAGAACCCGCAACCCCUGCUGAUGCAGAGGAUUUUCCCGAAUCUGUGAAAGACCCGCGUCCAGUUUCGCGUCUUACACAUGAGACCAGUCGGUUGACGUUGGGGCGACCUUCCACUCCAGAUUCAAUGGACGCUCCUCAUGUUCGUCCGCGCUCGGAAAUGACAAUGUACUCCGACGACCAGGCCCGUCGCCCACGUUAUAUGGGUCGUCGCGCUCGUUGGGGGUAA